UGGCCAAGUGAGUCCAGCCUGCAGCAUGUCGACACGUUACUUGUUUAACAACAGAUCAGGUUAAUUUAUUUCUUCUUAUGCUGCAGCAUGGCUAAGGGGAAGAAAGUCAACAAACAGACAAAACGUAAGACGCUGACCUUUAAAAUGGUUCAGAGCUGCAUGGAGGUGAAGCUGGAUGGGAAGAGGCGGCUGGACCUCAGUUACAAAGACAUUGCCGCGGUGCCGACGUGCAUCCAGAAGAUGCCGGAUUUCAAUGAAUUGGACCUGAGUAGGAACCUGAUCAGAAAGAUCCCAGAUUUCAUUGAUCAGUUCAUCAGCAUUAGUGUUUUGGAUCUGCACAGCAAUUAUUUGGAGGAGUUACCUGUCACUAUUGGCCACCUUCAAGCCCUGGAGGUUUUAAACCUGUGCAACAACCGCCUGACAAGCCUUCCCAGCGAGCUCGGCCUGCUGAAGAAACUCCACACCCUACAUCUGGGACUCAACCAGCUGCAAGCUCUCCCUGCAUCCAUCGGUGCUUUGAAGGAGCUCCGCCACCUCGGCCUCUCAGAUAACCGAUUCACCCACGUCCCCAAAUGUCUCGCAAAACUGACCAAACUGGAGAAGCUCAACCUGGACAGAAACCCCCUACUGAGCGAGCAGAUGGUUGAACAGAACUCAGUCAUAUUUACAGAGAGUUUCUACCUGGUCAGAGAGAGCGCUCUGUGUGAGGACUGUCUGAACAAAUGCCAAAUUAGGAGAAGGAAUAUGGAAAAUGGAGAGAAUGCAGAGGAGUAUGCGUCACCGUUCUUGUCGUAGUUAAAGACUGAGCAGAAAGGAAGACGUGUGAAUGUUCGAAACAUGAUUUAUCUUUACUUCCAUUUGUUGUGAGUCUUAACUUACA